AUUUAUUAAUGUUUAUUAGCACAUAGCACAUAGCCUUAUUUGGAGCGAAACUAGACUGGAGUUGGUUCGUUUGCUACCCCUGCCAAUGGCCGUGGCAGUGCGGAAAGCCACCGUGAAACCAUCCUCCAUUGUAACCACCAUCACCUCCCUCCUUCAAACACCAGAUUCUGAACCUCUGAAAAAAUUCUCAUGCUACCUCACUCCAAGCUUGGUUACCCAAGUGAUCAAGAACACACACAACCCCCACCAUGCUCUCUUCUUCUUCAACUGGGCCUCCAACCCUCAACCCAACCCCAACAACUACUCCCACCCUCGCUCCUGUUACGCUGCCAUCACCGACGUCUUGCUUUCCCACUCCCUUUUCUCCACCGCCGACUCCCUCCUCCGCCGCUCCAACAAACUCUCCGACUUCCUCGCCUCCAAAUUCAUCAACGCUUUCGGCGACCGUGGCGAUAUCAGAGGCGCCAUUCACUGGUUCCACAAAGCCAAAGCCUCUGGGCCUUGCGCGUUGUCUUGUAAUGCCGUACUGGGUGUGUUGGUUAGAGCCAACCGGGUCAACCUGGCCAAGGCAAUUUACGACCAGGUUGUGAAGGAAGCUCUGGUGGAGCCUGAUGUUUUCACUUACACCACCAUGAUUAGGGGAUUCUGUAAAAUGGGCAUGGUCGAGAGUGCGCGGAAGGUGUUCGAUGAAAUGCGCUGUGAGCCUAACGUGAUAACUUACAAUACAAUGAUCCACGGGCUUUGCAAGAAAGGUGAAAUGGAUGGUGCCAUGAGGGUUUUCAAUCGAUUCGCGGAGAGUAAGAGUUGCAGACCGGAUGUCGUGACUUUUACCACUUUGAUUGAUGGGUAUUCCAAGAGAGGUGAGGUGCAAGAGGCGCUGAACUGCAUGAAGGAGAUGCAGGAACAAGGUUGUCAGCCCAAUGUUGUGACCUACAAUGCGUUGAUUGAAGGUCUUUGUUUGAGUGGGAAUGUGGAUGAGGCCAAGAGGAUGAUGAGUAGGAUGCGGCUAAAGGGUAUCAAAGACAAUGUUGCCACAAACACUAGCAUGUUGAAGGGCUUUUGCAUGGUUGGGAGGUCUGAGGAAGCUAUCAAGCAUAUGAAGGAAAUGGUUUCUCGAGGGAUGGAUCUGGAUGUGAAAGCAUACAGUGUUAUUGUCAAUGAGUAUUGCAAAAUAGGAAAACCAAGUGAAGCAGUUUCAAUUCUAAGGGAAAUGGUGGCUAAAAGGAUGAAGCCAAGUGUGUCAAGUUUCAAUGCAGUGUUUAGAGUUCUUGUGGCUGAGAGGAAGCUUGAGGAAGCAGUUCUUCUUUUAAAGAACAUGCCUCGAAUGGGGUGCUCACCGAACUUCUUAUCAUACAGUAUUGUGAUAUGUGGUCUCUGUAAAGUGAAAGGUAGGAUGCAACUGGUUGAAGAGCUUGUUUCGAGCAUGCUCCAGAGUGGACAUAACUUGGAUGCCACCAUGUACAACUGCUUGCUUGGGGGAUAUUGUGAAGAUGGGGAUGAAGAGAUGGCAUUGAAGACGGUAUAUGACAUGAUUGACAAGAGCUUUCUGUUCAACAAAGACAUUUACUGCACUUUUGUUAAGGAGUUGUGUGCAAAGGGGAAAGUGAAAGAGGAGUAUUUGAAGAGAUGUGUAGAUAACACCUUGUAAGUUGUAUCCGAUAUGAAUGGUUA